AUGGCGUCGCACGAAAAGCUGCUGAAUUCGCCCGCGGAGUUAGCCACAUUUCUGGAAGGUCAGGCAGUUCAUGAGCUGCCAGAGGCGGAGGUGCCAGAGCUCGGAAGAUGCAACUUGCUGAUUCACGCUGCAUACCUGGGGCAAUUUCAGGUGGUUGAAACUCUGAUCGCAAACCACGCCGACCUGCGAGCCGUCUCGGAAAAGGGCGGAAAUGUGGUGGACUGGUUGUGCUUUCGCAGCGACACCAAGGCCGAGUUUCUGCAGGCAGUUCUUCAGAAAUGGACGGAGAACUUCGGCGAGUCGGACUUGAAAAGCGUGCUGAACCAUGCCCGGAUCAUCCAGGGCACGCCGCUGAUGUGCGCGGUCUUUGCACCCAAUGUGGCUGUGGCCCAAUUGCUCCUGAGGCAUGGGGCCGAUGCCACCUAUGCCUCCGCAGACGGUUCCUGCGCUCUUGACUUGGCUGCCCAGGCAGGUGGCAUCAGGGGCCAGCGGCUGGUGUCGAUGCUGCUGGAGGCACAAGCUGAUCCGAAUGUUGGACAUUUCGGACCAUUGUUCCUGGCAGCGCAAGAGAAUGAUGAGACGUCAGUCAAGAACCUGCUGGCGGCCAGAGCGCGUCCCAGUGGUAUUUCCAGCUCUGACCCCGUGGAGUGUGCCGCGCGAUUCGGAUUCCUUGGGGUGCUGAAGUUGCUGCUGGCCGCGGAAGGGGCCCCAAGGGGCAGCCAGCUCUCUUCGGCUUUGAAGUUGGCGCAUGAGCAGCAACACGUGGAUGUAGAAAGGAUCCUCAUCAAGGCGGGCGCGGCGGAUGACCUGAAGCUGUCGCAGAAACGGACCUCGGAGGCUGUGGAUGACGCGCAGGGGCUGCUUCCAUGUGGCUUUAAGCCUGGAACAGACAAGCUUCCGAGCUUUGCCCAAGCCAAACCGGAGUCUGAGAUAGGACAGAUCCGAGUGGAGGAAGUUGACGGUUGCUACAAGCUCCAUUUCCAAGGUGGCGACUCCAUGACCGCAACUGCCAUCAGCCCGGUACGUUUAUGUCCGUCUCACACCCACUUCUACUUCGAGGUCUCCGUGGAAAGUCUGGACCUCCUGAUGGCCGUGGGCUACGCGCGCGACGGCGAGACGCCGCAGCAGACCCUGCCGGGCUGGAGCCCAGGAAGCUAUGGCUUGCAUUCGGACGAUGGGCUGCUCCAGGCGAACACCUCAGCGACGCGGAUCAUGCCGGGCUGGAAGGUGAAAGCUGGCAGCACCGUGGGGAUGGGUAUCCAGUGGACCGGCUCCGACUCCUAUCAUCUCUUCGUGACCCUCGAUGGACAGAGGCAGAGUCGUGAAGUGCCACUGGCAGAGGACGGAAGUGACCUCUUCGACUUGUGGCCCUUGGUUGGUGCAGAUCGAUCUGCAACGCUCCUGGUGAACCUGGGCGCGCGGCCCUUCGUGUACUCCGACGCGCAGAUCGAGCAGGCGAUGCUCAGCAGGAAGGCUGCGACAGCGAAGAAGGCCAAGUGA